UAUCAAGGUAAGACAUAAGUACAAAUAUUUAUUACAUUAUCAAUUAUGGCGCUGUACGUUAGCUUUCCUCUACUUCCCUUCAGCAAGAAGCCAUCGCUCCUGAGCUCCUCUUCCUCCCAGUGUCUUCUAAGCCACCGACGAUUACUGGCAGAUUUUCAUCCUAUAUGUUGCCUCUCAACUGCUAAUGCAGUAUCAUCUACUCCAGCUCGCCGCACAGCAAAUUAUCAGCCAACUAUUUGGGAUGAUAACUACAUACAAUCGCUGCCAAUUGAUUUCAUGGAGGAGAAGUAUAUACAUCGAAGGGACAUAUUGAAGGAGCAAGUGAGGGGUUUGAUUGGCAAACAACAUGACCUUAUUGAACAACUUGAACUGGUGGAUGCCCUAUGCCAACUAGGACUUCAAUAUCAUUUUGAUUCAGAGAUCAAGGACUUAUUGAGUUCUAUUAGUUCAUCAACGGUAAAUAUAAACAAUUUGAUAGAGAAUGGAAACCUUCAUGGCUCUGCCUUGCUCUUCAGGCUUCUAAGGGAAUAUGAUAUCAAAAAUGCUUCACUACUAAGAGUUGAAGCUUUGAUUAACUGCUUUAAAAGCGAGAGAGGAAACUUCAAUCCUAAUCAUCAACAUAAUGUCAAAGGACUUCUUAGCUUUUAUGAGGCUUCCUACCUUGCCAUGGAAGGAGAAGAACAAUUGGAUGAAGCGGGAAAAAUUGCAAUGGAGCGUUUGAGAAACCUUGACAUAUCUCUAUUAAGUCCACAAAUUAUUGAAGAAAUAAAUCAUGCUUUCGAGCUACCCUUGCAUUGGAGAAUGUCAAGACUGCAUGCUAGGUGGUUCAUUGAUGUUUAUGGGACACGAGAAAAUGUUAAUCCCACAUUACUUGAGUUAGCUACACUAGAUUUCAACAUUGUGCAAAGCAUCUACAAAGCAGAGCUUCAAGAAAUGUCCAGGUGGUGGAAAAAUCUUGGCCUUGUAUGUGAUGAGCUUAAUUUUGCAAGAGAUAGACUGGUGGAGAACUAUUUAAUGGCCUUAGGCUUCACAUUUCAACCUGAAUUUUGGAGAAUCAGGAAAGCAAUCACCAAGUUGAAUAGUUUUGUAACAACAAUUGAUGAUAUUUACGAUGUCUAUGGUACCUUAGAUGAACUGAAGCUCUUUACAAAUGCUGUUGAAGAAUGGAAAAUAGAUGCUGGUCAACAACUUCCAAAUUAUAUGAAGAAAUGUUUGGACGCACUUUUCAACACAAUGAAUGAUAUUGCCACUUCAUUCUCAGUGGAAAAAGAGUUAGAUAUUCUUCCAUGUCUAAAACGAGUGUGGGCAGAUUUGUGCAAAGCUUACUUAGUUGAAGCAAGAUGGUAUCAAAGUGGAUACACUCCAACUUUAAAUGAGUACUUGGAAAAUGCUUGGGUUACUAUAUCUGGAACUUGUAUACUAAUUAUAGCAUAUUGUCUAAGUGAUGACUUAACUAGUGAAGCUCUUAAUAAAUUAGAGUUCUAUCCAUCUGUCGCACGCCAUUCAUCUAUGCUUUUUCGACUAUAUGAUGAUUUGGGAACAUCCACGGCAGAGAUCCAAAGAGGAGAUGUCUCAAAAUCAAUUCAAUGUUAUAUGCGAGAGAAAAAUGUUUCGGAACCAUUUGCCCGGGAUCAUAUUAGAUAUUUGAUAAGAAAUUAUUGGAAGAAGUUGAAUCAAGAAUGCACUACAUUUUCAAUACCUAUAAAGUCUUUUAGAAAAGCUUUGGUUGAUGUACCAAGAACAGGACAAUUCUUCUAUCAUUAUGGAGAUGGAUAUGGAGAGUCAUAUGGUCAAACUAAGGACCAAAUAAUUUCAAUCCUAAUUGAGCCCAUUUCACUUUAAAGUUAAACUAUUUAAGAAAGGAAAUUCCUUUCUCAAGUAUGUGUAAUGUGUAACUUUGAUUGCAAUCAAUUUCGUUAUCCAAUUAACUAAAGCUUGUAUUUCUUUUAAUU